AUCACAGUAUUUCUAUGAUAUACCUAUUUCUAGUAAUCUCUAACACGCGAUAACAUAAUUACAGGAUGGAAAGAUAUUCUGAACUAUAAUUUUAUUUCACUUGGUUGCAGUGUAUGCAAAAAUCGACUAAAAUUAAACUGGGAAAAAAAUAUUUACGUUAAAUAUUAAAACAUGUUAUUCAUAGCUAAUUGUUCCAGAAACUAAAUCAUAGAAAAGAAUUUGGAAAAACGAUGUACAUAUUGGACGAGAGUUUUCUAUCAUUAAUUAAUAACCUCACAAUUAUCUUUGGUUUCUUUCUGUUUCUUGUCCAUGAAAACCGAUAAAAAGAAAAGACAUAGAGAACAAUGGAUCCAUAAUAACACAUUUUCUCAUCUAGCCCAUCGAAACUUUACCAUACAUUGAAAAGUGUCUUUAAAUCAUUUGCUGAUUCGCCUGAUCAUGAACUCAUAUAUAUAGACUAACGUCAAAGUGUCAUGCAAUUGUCGAUCAUACGUUAUUCGCUCGACACUGCUCGAAGACAGCAAUUGCGCUUAAAUUCUUUAGUCUAAUUCGUGUUCCUCGAGAAGCCAGAGCACAGCUUUAGCAAACACAUUUUUCUGCAGUUUUUACGUUUGAACGACAAGGACGUGUUAGAAAAUGACGCUACAAGGUGGAAUCUCCUUUGAGGAGGAAUUGAAAAAAAAUUCAGAAUUGAAAGAAGACGAUGUACGAGCGUUAAGAGAGUGGUGUCAAAAACAACCCCAUUUACCGAAAAUAUCUGACAGCGAGAUGGCUCUUUUUCUACACAGUAAUUAUUAUCGUAUGGAACCGACCAAAAAUACCAUCGAUACUUAUUAUACCGUACGAACUCACGUGCCAGAGUUCUUUUCUAACAGAGAUCCUAUCAGUUCUAAGGACCUUCGGAAAGCAUUUCAAACGGUAGCGAAUCUGGUCUUGGAUAAGACUACGAAUGAUGGUUACAAGAUCAUUUAUGGUAGAUUGAUAGAUAUCGAACCGUCGCAUUAUGUUUAUAACGAUGGUAUGAAGUAUCUUAACAUGGUAAUUGAUCUCUGGCUUCACGAAGAGGGCACAUCCAAAGGUCACGUGAUCCUCUUUGACACAAAGAACGUUGCGUUCGGUCACGUGGGUCGUUUAAAUCCUAUGGGAUUAAAAAAAUUCCUUUAUUACUUACAAGAAGCUUUACCCGUACGUCUUAAGGGUUUCCAUUUUAUGAAUACCUCGCCAGUUAUGGACGUUAUUCUUAACAUGAUGAAGCCUUUCAUGAAGAAAGAAUUGAUGGACAUGUUUCACAUGCAUUCGACUAUGGAAACUUUAGCUAAGUUUAUACCCUUGGAAAUACUUCCAAACGAGUCGGGCGGACAAGCAGGCCCUUUGAAAGACUUGAACGAUGCUCAAGUAAAGAAAUUAGAUGCCAAUCGUGCUUGGUUUCAAGAGGAAGAAAGAAAUUGUCGCGUUAACGAAUCUCUACGUCCUGGCAAAGGAAAAACAGCAACCGAUUUGUUUGGUGUCGAAGGGAGCUUUAAAAAGCUCGAGAUCGAUUGAACAAUUUUUUAUUAACAAAUGUUAUUUGAGAGAGAAAAAAGAGAUAAAUUUUCGUUAUUAGAAAUAUAUUACUUCAGCUAUAUAUAUAUAUAUAUAUACAUAAUAACGAGCAUACACAUACCAUAUAUAUAUAUAUAGUAUAUGUGUAUAUAUAUAUAUAUACACAUACAUACAUCAUAUAUAUGUACGCAUAUAUACGUAUACGUAUUUUUAUAUAUAUCUAUUAAAUGUGAUUUUAUCAAGAAAAGGAAUUAUGCACUUUUUCUCGUCGUAAUUUACUCGUCCACGUAAAUAAUUACAUAUGUAAUUAUGAUGUAACACGUUAUCAAUAUAGCAAGUAGAAUGCAGAUAACUACAGUCGAUAAUAUGAUGUAUUACGCAAUAAAAAUGUGUGUGUGUGUAUGUAUAUAUAUAUAUAUAUAUAUAUAUGAAUGCAUAUUGUUAAUUAUUUCGUUAUUAAGAUAAUAAAAAAUAAAAAAAUGCAUAACAAAAAAGAAAACAAAUAUAGAUGGCAACAAAAAUUCAAGUUAUAAAGCAUAAUAAUAAGUUAGGUUAUUCAACAUGCACGUCAUAUAUAUAACAUUUUACAAACAUACAUUACGUAUGUAAAAUAUAAAAAUGAAAUAUAUUAUUUCAAAUAUUAGUAAA